AAGCGACCAGACGGUUUGACGCUCGUUCCAUGGGCUGUUGGAACAUUUCCAGCCAGUAUGUGAUCCGGAGAUGGAGUCAAACGAGUGUCAUAGCGAAUUGAUUGCUUAAGGUGUCCCAAAUCAUUAUUUUAACUUGAAUCAAAGCUGGACGGACCACAUGUCACGUGCUAAUUCAAAGAUGACGGACCAUAAUGCAGUUUUGGCCUUACCAGAAACUGUUCAGGGUUUCACAAUUCCGAACACUUCCGAAUCGUUUAUUCCUUCGCAGUAUUCGUUCAAAAAAGAGUUUGAAAACUAUUUAAAACGACAGCAGAUGAAUUUAAAUCAAGCUAGAAACAAAGCAGUUGAAAGCACUCAGAAAGCAUUGUGUUUCCAAAUACCUUCCCGAGUUCUGAGGGAAACAAAGUGUAAUUCCUUUGACGAAUUCGAAAGUUACAUAAGACACAUGAGUUUCAAAGAGAGGGAGCUGUUCGAAGUUGCGCACCAACUGUGUCCAGGUGCUCUGGAUCUCAUUCCCUAUUCCCCACUUCCCCAGUGCAAUAUCAACGGAUCUUUGCCUCCAGUUGUGUCUUAUAUACAAUCGCAAGAUGAACUGCAAAGCAUGCUGAACAAUCUUGCUUUGAAAAAUAGCCUGACUCGGAACGUAGUUUCCCUUGGCAACGGAUCUACUAUGUCAUCUCAGGUCGACAAUGCAAAAUGUUUCGACAAGAAUAAACAACCGUCUGGCUUGAUGGAUUUUCCGUUUUGUGUUCCAAAGAUGCCGAGUAGGAUGGCGUCGGAUCCAGUCAAACCAAACUUGAAUGAUAGCAGCGAUAUGAACCCUAAUUUGGCCUCCUUGCUCUACGCACACCUUCCUUAUUUCCAAGCUUUACUCAUGCUGCAAAAUCAACAAAGUCUACUCAACAUGGCCUCAGAUCCCGCGACAAGCGCCAGUACGCCACUUGAACUCUUUCAAAAUGCAUCAUCGCAGAGCCCUCUGAACGUCUCGGAAAAAGCCAACGUAAACAAUGGAGCCAAUAAUUUUGUGCGCAAUGUCAAUUUCAAUUAUGCUCUUUUCAACGAGCUGCUUAGUCAACAACAAUCGAUUUUCCAAGGCAAUCACAAACAAACUUUGCCCAUCGGAAACAUUAAUUUAGUCGAUGAUAAAGACGAGCUUAAGUUGGAUUGUCCGCGACCUUUUUCGGUCACACCUACUCUAGCAACGACUCAAUACAAUCUUCCAAGUUCAAGCAAUUCUAACCAUUUUGACCAGAACCAAUUUGAUCUGAAUGCAUACAUGACGAUGUUGGCAUCCAUGGCAUCGGAAAUGGUUAAGGAUGUUAUGGGGUCCGGAAAUCAAAGUAUGAAGAAUAGUAUGCAACCAAGUAUCAUGCAAAAUUCCGCUUUCAUGGCUCCAAGUCAAAAAGAUAUCUUGGAGCAAGGAGGUCACAAUUUUGGUUCGGCUGUUAAUUUCAAAGUCCAGAGUCAGCCCAAUAACUGGAUGAAUUUGUCAAACGGAGGGACGAAGAUGUCAGCCAAUCGUGGAAAUCACGGGGGUCAAAUGCAGAACAGGAGCAAUAAUGGCAACCGUUUCAAACAGAGUUAUGACUCAGCGGGUGGGGCUAGUGGAGGCAUGCAUGGUAAUAACUCACAUCAUGGACAUGGGAGACAUCAAGGUUACCAGCGGCGAUCGUGGAGCCGGGCGACAAACUUGCUGCUGGCAAAUGUGGGACUUGCUGUUGAACAAUUCAAAGCUAUCGAAAAUGAGCGGAAAAAGACUGAGGUAUCAUUGGCACACCUCUUCCCCGAGCACGACAUGCGAAGCGACAACAGACGUCCCAAUCAGCCCCCUCCAGUGCCCCCGAACCCCACCAGGGUGGACAGACUAGUGGGUGAGAUGCAGAAGGAAUAUCCAAAAGUGCUGAUGCUGAUCUCGAAAGCUGACGAAGUGCUGCGACAAUGGCAAGACAUAGUUUCUCAGCCGAUCCCUCCAGAGGUCAUUAUCACCAUGGACCAGUGGUUGGCAGCCAUCCGCAAAGUGCAGGCCAGAAAUCGAGAGGACACUAAUAGCCAGGCCAAUCGUCAGAGACACUUGACAGUGGUUCCUGCGAAUGGUUUCAUGCCUGGUAUGAAUAACAUGCAGGGUGGCAAUUCAUCUCGCGGACACGGUGUCAAAGACCGAAUUGCGUUGGGUCAAGCGGUGAAGGAACUGGCUGAAAUCACUCGAAAAGCGAGGAAAAUGCAAUGGUUCUUUCUGCAGUUCACUCGAGAGGCCGUCCAGAAAAUCCAGAAUCACAGCAACGGUGUGGCCCAAGAGUCAAAUAUGUCUAGUAUAAACGCCUUGCUGGCCGAGGCCACUGAGAAGCGACUGUUGGCAGAGGAUAGUGAGGACUCGAUUUUUGAGUCUUAACCGCGGCAGAUUUGGAGCACUGCUGAAGGUGGGUUCUUCUGAACGUAAAAAGUUGUGGAACAUUACAAAAAUUGACACUCAACUGAAAUUUUUGAAAAGCGGACAAAAAAAAUUGUCCAUAAAUGUGUGCCUUAUGUGAUAGAAGCUAAUAAGUUUAAUAUAUAAUAUGUGCUAAUAAUUUAUGUGCAAUAGUGAUUGUGUUUUUUUUUCAUGAGCGCAUAGUUUUCUUAUCAGAUGGGUGGCUAAAAUUGUAUGUUACAUGCAAGAGAAUUAUAUGUACCGUCUUUUGUUAAUUUGAAUGUAAAAAUCCUUAAAUUAUGCUUUUAUGUUCCAGUCUGCAGAGAAAAAUUGCAAUGCAAAUUUUUAAUGACCACAUCUUGAAGAUGUAAAUUUUCGAAAGUCUUCUAAAUUUACCUCAAAUAUUACUCGUCUUUGUCUUCGGUUUGUUUAUACUUUCUUCAAUCAAAUAAUUUCAAAGUUCUAACGACUUUUGACGCUCAAAAGCUUCAAAUAUCUCUUGAAACAUAAUCAGCGGGCAUCAAACGUCAGAAACUCAACAAUGAUUAGUUUGCAGUAAAACUGUACUAGUAACAGCUGAUUAUUAUAAUUUCAAAUCUGAGCGUCGCUUAGUGUUAGUUAAAAAAUAAGACCCAAAUUCAGUUUUGGGAUUAUGGAGCUACUGAUUAAUUGUAUGUAACCAAGCUAUCUUGUUUUGCUUUUUUCCUUAUUUUGUAGUUUAUCUUUAGAUUUCCUUGUCUGGUUUUUAACCAGCUCUUCCUGAUGCUUUUUGAUCGUUCCUCCGAUACUGAAAUAAAUACCUUCAAUUUGCAGACAUAAUAAUCAAUGUGAACAUUCAAUUGUUCAGCAGGUUUCGUUUAGUCUCAUUGCUUUGUUAUUAAGUGCAGAAAAUAUUAAACAGCUGUAGUAUCUUCGAUGAGUUUUCCGAAGUUACGAAACAACCAUGCUCAGUGAGUUAGCGCUACUAUACAACUACUUCAGUAUUAGUUAUGACCAUCAUCGCAUUAUUUGCAUAUUCUGUUUGAUAAUUUUUCACAAUUACCAAAAAACUUAAUUAAUUCUGUUAAUUUAACUUCCAUCGCCUAUUUGACAGACAAGUAUAUUCGCUAUCAAAGGGCGUAGAAUUGUAAUAGACUUUUGUUAAUGAUCAUCUGCAAGUUAAAUUCGAUGCGUUAAUGCUACUAUUUCGUGCCAUUUGAAAUAAGAAAGCAAUCAGUGAUGCUAAUACGUUUUACAUGUUACCUGCAUUUCUU